AUGGAUGCUUACAUCAAGAAGAAUACAAGGUCUGCAGUUGUGGUAGUUCCUGAAGUUCAACAAGAUUCUGAAGAGGGUGAAGGUGAUGAAGUUGUUGAAGUUGAACCAGAAAAAGUACCUAGUUCUGGUACAAAGACCAAGCAAAAGCAAGCACAAGCAAAGAAGAAAGUAGCUCAAUCUUCCAUCGCUGCCUAUAUGGCUGCUGCUGGUUCAUCAAAACCAGCAAAUCAAAAGAACACCAAGUCAGUUGUUUCCAUGCUUCGGAAGACACCAGAAGAGGUAGUUUCAGAAAGGCACAAAUUCAAGACUUCUCAGCCUACUAUAGAGCAUUGCACAAAGAAAGAGAACAAACAAGUUGUUGAUGGCCAUGUAGCUGAUUUCUUUUAUGAAAAUCGUAUACCAUUCAAUGUCAUUAACUCUAGAAGCUGGGAGAUUAUGCUUGAGUCAAUUGGACAGUAUGGACCUGGGUACCGCUCACCAUCCUACCAUGAAAUUAAUACUAGCCAUCGUCAUCUAAUCAAUUUUCUUGCAAACAGUCCAGCAGGGACAUUCUUCCUAGGUUCAGUUGAUGCAUCAAGUGAGGUAGCUGAUAUGAAUUUGCUAGCAGAUUUGUUAGAGAAGCAAAUUGACAAGAUUGGGAGGGAAUACGUGGUGCAGAUUGUCACAGACAAUGGGUCCAACUUUAAGGCAGCGGGAAGGAUUCUAAUGGAGAGGAUCCCGCACUUGUUUUGGACACCUUGUGCUGCCCAUUGCCUGAAUUUGUUGCUGCAAGACAUUGGAGAGAUAAAGGAGUUCAACACUAUCAUAAAUUCAACAAAGAAGAGGUGGGAUACCCAAAUGGAACAAAAGCUAUAUGGGGCAGCCCUAUUCUUGAAUCCAAACAAGUUCUUUGCCAUAAGGAGAAAGACAAGAGACAAUUUUGCAAGGUUAAGAGGCAUGUUCAAUCAAGUUCUAUGGAAAAUGGUGACUGAUGACAAUGUGUCAACCAAGAUUUCACAGCAAGCUGAUGACUAUGAACAAUCUGAAGGUGAAGGCUUCUCAAUGCCUUUAGCUAUAAGGGACAGAGACAAAAAGAACCCUAUUCGUUGGUGGUGUUCAUAUGGUGGCCAUGCAUUUGAACUACAAUGUUUAGCAAAGAAAAUUAUCAGUCUUUGUUGCGCAGCAUCAGGUUGUGAGCAUAACUGGAGCGAAUUCUCUAGUAUUCACACCAAAAAGAGGAAUAGAUUAGGGCACAAGAGGCUAAAUAAAUUGGUUUAUGUCAGUUACAACAAAAGGAUGACAAAUGGGUUUCAAAAAAUUCGAGAACUUGGUUGCAAAGGAAAGAGGAGCAACCCUCUCUUGCUAGAAGAGUUUCAGUGGGACAGUGAAUGGGUUGAUGAGAAUUGUGGGGAGCUGCCUUGGGCUGUUGUGGAUGAAGCUAUUGGUGCAUCUGAGAAUCUAAGGGCUCGCAACUUGCCUAGGGUUGCUGCUAGCCGUGCUGUAGCCACUGUCCAGAAGACCUAUACUAGGAACAGGAAGUGUCGUAGGGGGACUUCUGCAGCACAAGAUAUAUCUGGAGGUGAAGAAGAUGAUAGUGACCAUGAUGCUGAUGCAAGAAAUGAAGACCAAGAAGAUCAAGAUGUAUCUGAUCCUGUGGCACCAAUGGAGGAGGAUGAAGACCCCCAUGGAUGUGCAACAGAUGGAGAUGGAGGAGGCUUUUGUGUAGAUGGCACUCUACUUGAGUAG